AUGGCUGAUGCUGACUACUACCCCACAUUCUAUGAAGCCCUCAGUUUGUUUAGAAACAGAAUUGCGCUUAUACAGAUGCAGGGUCAACCUCCAUUGACCUCCUCAUCUCCCUAUGUGGCUGCAGGGGAGGAGGAAGUGUGGACUGAGGCCGAAUGGUACUCUUAUUAUGCUGCAGAGGAUUCAUCCGAGGCUGUAGAGGAGUCAUCCGAGGCUGCAGAGGAGUCAUCCGAGGCUGCAGAGGAGUCAUCCAAGGCUGUAGAGGAGUCAUCCGAGGCUGCAGAGGAGUCAUCCGAGGCUGCAGAGGAGUCAUCCGAGGCUGCAGAGGAGUCAUCCGAGGCAGGAACGUCAGAUGAUGCAGCGGGGUACUCCUCCGAAGCCUCAGUGGAUCAUUCCGGUCCCACUGAGGGCCUCGUUGAGGCUGCAGUGGUUUCUUCUGACGCUGCAGGUGACUCUUCUAAGAAUGCUUCACAGACGGAGAGCAGCUCCAGCAGCAGCUUCAGCAGCAGUGCAAGCAAGGAGAGCGUUGUUUAUCACAGGCUCUACAGCACGGGAGAAUACAUUGACUGCAGCCGUUUCACCUAUGCCUUUGCUUGGGCGAAUGUUACGAGAGACGUGGUCAGUGGCGUUUACAAUAACUUGAAGAAGGGCGGAAAUGGUUGCUCAGGAACAGCAGCGAUGGUGUCUACAGCAGUGGCUGCUGACGUGGGUGUUGCAGUGGAUGCUGGCACGGGUGCUGCAGAGGACGCUGGUAUGGGUGCUGCAAAAGACGCUGGCAUGGAUGCUGCAGUGGAUGCUGACAUGGAUGCUGCAGUGGAUGCUGACAUGGAUGCUGCAGUGGAUGCUGACAUGGAUGCUGCAGUGGAUGCUGACAUGGAUGCUGCAGUGGAUGCUGACAUGGAUGCUGCAGUGGGUCCCGCUGCAGGCACAGCUCUGUUGCUCUCAGGCACAGCUCUGCUGCUUACAGGCAUAGCUUUGCUGUUCGGAGGCACAGCUCUGUGGCUUGCAGGUUUAGCUCGGUUUCUCGCAGGCGCGGCUCUUCUGCGUGCAGGCACAGCAAUGUUGCUUGCAGGCAAGAAUUCAGCCUCGAGAAAAGCAGCAGUCGGUUCCAAGUUAAGCAGUGCAGGAGCUCUUGCUGUGAAGACUGUUGCUGGGAAGGGGAGGAACGUUCUGGUUGUGUCUGUGUGCCAUGAGAAAGAUAUGAGGCGGCAGGAGAGAGUUGGCAGCGUAAAACCUGAGGAGAAAAUGGGUAAUGUGCAAGUGAAUGCUACUGGUGUGGCUGGCAGCAUUGAUUACGGUAAUUGA